AUUGAAUCAGCUGAAUGACACGUGUACAUUAUACAGAUUAUUAUGUCUCAUAAUAGUAUUUAAUUUAGAUAAUAUUAAAAUUCAUUUAACAAAGGCAAAAUUGUUAGUCGCAAUUUAAAUUGCUGAUGCUCUACAUAUUAAAAAAAUCGCUUUAAUCAGCCUUAAUAAUUUGAGAGGUCAAACAGUACAUUAAAAACGAAUACGCAUGCGCCACAGCCAGAAUCCCGACAGGAACAUGUGCGAUUCUACGGCGUUGCCGUUUUUCAUCAAUGGUGAAGUAAUUAAAGGAUUUGGCAGAGGAUCGAAAGAACUUGGAAUUCCUACUGCAAAUUUUCCCCUUGAGGUCGUCAAUAAGUUACCAGAUAGCAUUACCACGGGCAUUUAUUAUGGGUGGGCGCAAGUGGACGAUUCAUCAGUUUAUAAAAUGGUAAUGAGUGUUGGUUGGAAUCCUUACUAUAAAAAUAAAGAAAAAUCUAUGGAAACUCAUAUUAUACACAAAUUUGAGACGGAUUUUUAUGGGAAAAACCUUAAAGUUGCUUUAGUUGGGUACAUUAGACCUGAAUUAAAUUUUGCCUCAAUGGAUGAUUUAAUUAAUACCAUUCAUAACGAUAUUAAACAAGCUGAAAUUCAAUUAGAAAAACCAGAACAGGCUGAAAUUGCUAAAAAUGAUUUUUUUAAACCAAAUUGUUGAUUAGAGUAAUUGUUUAAUAGUGUUAAUGUUUAGAAAACAUAAUUAGAGAAUAAUUAAGAAAAUAGUUGUUUGAAGCAAAACAACCAUAAAAAAGAAUCAAUAUUUUGUACUUACGUGGUUACACAAAUAUAACGGCUCACAUUAAA